AGAGAGCGCACGACUACUACACCCCCCCCCGACGCUGCAAUACGACGAUGCACAUGCAAUGCUGCUGCAAUGCUAUUCAGUAGCUGUCGCUGUGUACAAUCAAACAGAAAGAGUUAAAAGAUCCAGUAGAUUUUGAUGUGAGUAUAAACCUUUUAGAAAAUGGUGUAGCUGACAAUGGAAUGUAAAUAAAACGCAGAAAGAAGAUGUCAGCUACUCUCGAUGGUCCGGCACACUCUCCCCGUAGAGUCUCUGCUCUGAAAGCUCUGUCCCGGAGUGUCAAUGGACAUUUAAGGUCUAUCCACCUCCGCUGCCAAGAUUCCAGGUAGUAAAUAGACAUUGGGGGAGUAAAUAACUCCCAAAGGGGGCGCUUGCUCACGAGUUUCAUUACUUGGCCACAUUCUGGGCAAUUGUUCCAAAUAUCACACCCUUCUAGAUGCUCAAUCCUCGAUGCCUGGGCUGCAGAAAUUGGGCUCACAUGUUUGGAGUUACGAUAGCUGCCAGGCAGUAGUUCAAACAUUAUAACUCAUGUGAAGCCAAGAGAGAACAAAGUGGCCAUUGAUCAUUGAAGAAGAUGCCUGAGGAGAGGGCUUUUUUUUUUUUUUUUGGAGGGAUCUCUGCAAUAGCUUCACCGUUAGCAGAAUCUUUUUGUUCUGUGUCUAGAGAUGUGUUGUAGUUCUUUAUAUCAAGGAGUACUCUUUCUAGAGUAGAUAUUACGUGUUUCCUCUAAUUGAAAUACCGUCUGAGCUGAGGACGUUUUUCCCCGGUUGGGGUGGAGGAAUGCUGCAAGGAAUACCGCAGAACAAUGGAGCGUGGAUCUGCUAGGAGAGCACUCUACGUGGAUUGUACUUAUGGUUCCAAUGGUCGGAGAAACUUGUCUAAAUUACAAUUCCAAUCUUUAGAAUUUCUACUUCUGCCCAGUUACCGGUACAUGACGUAUAAACACUGUUUAAGGUGAGUACCACAAUGUCUUUACUAUUAUCAAUUGGAAAUGACCCUUGAACCAGUUCUUGUGCUAGUGUCUGGCUGCAGUGCAUACUAUAAGAGGGCUCUGUGUCACUACACAGCGUUGGGCAUUUUGUUUUGAGGAAAUAUUAUUUAAUGCACAAGAAAAACAAAACGACUUGGCUGAGCCUGAAGGUGAAAGUCAACCGGGCAGUGUAACAAUCGUCAACACGCAACCUCUGCAACUUGUGGAAACUGCCGCAUCACACAACAAGCUACCUGGUGAUCCAUCAGCUACAAUUCACCCGGAUCCCCAGUUGAACUGCUUGGCGGACCAAUUACACGACGAGUCUUCUUCUACCUCCCCUUUUCUUGUUACCAUAGGACCACAGAAGGUCACCACGACGCCCAAACCAGUCAAUCAAGUGGUCUGACCAUGGUUCUAAAACUAACAUGAAGUGACAUCAGAAUUUGGUCACCAAGAAGGUGACCUUUCGAAAUAGGGGUUGACUUUGGGAAGGCAGCCAGCUGGGAAUGUAGCGUUAGCACAAACAUGUAGUUAAUGUUUCUCUUCCCUCCAUUGUAGCUGACCCAAAGAUUACAGUACAUUAGCAAGAGCGAAUGGGAGGGGCUUAUCCGAGUUAAUAAUCUGUGGAUGUCUGAAGGACUGUGAUGUGUCAAGAAUGAUGGGUCAGUAUCCUUCCUGAAAGCCUCGGAUACACAACCGUGCUUGGGUUGCUGAAACAUCAUGGCGGACAAGCCACCAGAGAAAGGAGAAGAGAUUGGAAACCACAAGAUGAGGGUCUCUGCCAAGACCUCUGGACAGCAGCCAAUCACAGCCUGUCUGUUGGGGGCAGCCUUUUUCGGUUCCCUGGGGUCGUCUUUCAUUUAUGGCUACAACCUCUCGGUGGUCAAUGCUCCGGCUCUGUACAUUAAAGCUUUCUACAACACAACAUGGACGGAGAGAUACGGACAGCCUCUUGCAGUAGAGACGUCCACCCUCCUCUGGUCCGUCACAGUGUCCGUAUUUUCCAUCGGAGGCCUUCUUGGAGCGCUGUCCGUCUCGAUAAUCCUCAGAGUGCUCGGAAGGAAGGGAACCUUGCUGGUGAAUAACGGCUUUGCGCUACUCGCUACUCUGCUCUUGACCCUCGGAGAAAGGGCCAAAUCUUUUGAGAUGCUCAUCAUCGGUCGGCUCGUAAUCGGGGUUAAUGCCGGUAUAGCUCUCAGUGCCCUGCCCAUGUACCUGGGAGAAAUUACGCCAAGACAUGUCCGAGGUUCCAUUGGCCAGUUCAACUCCAUCCUCAUCUGCCUGGGAGUGUUCACAGGACAAGUGCUGGGGCUGCCCGAGCUGCUGGGACAGGAAACCACGUGGAUCUACAUGUUUGCCUUCCUGGCGUUGCCAGCGAUGCUGCAGCUGUGUGUGCUGCCCUUCUUCCCCGAGAGUCCUCGCUACCUGCUGAUAGAGAGGAGGGAUGAGGCCGGAGCAGAAAAAGCCUUCCAGAGGUUUCUGGGGAAGAAAGAUGUAUCCCAGGAGCUGGAGGAGGUCCAUGCGGAGGCUCAAACUCAAGGAAAUCAACAGACCGCCUCAAUGUUACAGCUGCUGAGGAGCCCAGCUGUUCGCUGGCAGCUCAUCACCAUCAUCAUCAGCAUGGCCUGCUAUCAGCUCUGUGGCCUCAAUGCUAUUUGGUACUACACCAAUGGGAUCCUUCAGGAGGCAGGCUUCGCAGAGAACCUUCUCCCCUAUAUCACGCUGAGCACCGGGGGCAUUGAAACUUUGGCUGCCAUCAUCUCUGGCUUAGUGAUAGAACGAAUCGGGAGGAAGCCACUCCUCAUCUUUGGUUUCUCUGCUAUGGCCGUUUUCUUCAGCCUUCUCACAGUGUUCCUAAAUUUGCAGGACACUGUGUCAUGGAUGCCGUACCUCAGUUACAUCUGUAUUCUGGCUGUGAUUGCGUCCUUUUGCUCGGGACCAGGUGGCAUCCCAUUCAUCUUGACCGGCGAGCUGUUUGAACAGUCCUACCGACCUGCCGCCUUCAUGAUCGCCGGCAUCGUAAACUGGCUGUCCAACUUUGCCGUCGGCCUCCUGUUCCCAUUCAUUCAGGAGAAGUUGCAGUCCUUCACUUUCUUGGUGUUUGUGGUGGUGUGCGUCUUGGGAUCGAUCUACCUCUAUGUCGUUCUUCCCGAGACCAAAAAUAAAACAUUCAUGGACAUCAGUCAGAGCUUUGCCAAGAUCAACAAAAUCCCUGCCCCCCCCAUCGAGCAUGAGAUGGAGCAGGUUCUGUCCUGUAAGCCCUUCAUUAAUGGAAAAGUCCAAGAUGUUGCCAAGAUGGAGAGUUCCUUCUAGCCAAACAAUGUGUAAUGCAAACCAUACAAAUUUGGAGGAGCAAGGUUGAAAUUUAGACUAGAAGCGUUUUUUGUUGUACAUAUUUAUUUAAUCAAUUGUUAAUUAACUGACAUCAAUGAGCAAUGCGUUUGUUUCAAUGCAUUUUAUUAUGUGUUAUGUAUACAGGUAUUUUGUAUGUAUUUUGAAUGACUAAUUUGUUUGUUGAAUGGCGGAAACCUCAGAUUAUUGUAGUCAAUCUACAGUUAAAGAAAGGGAACAGAGGCCAAACGGUGUUGAUGAAAUAUGUAUGUAUUGUAUAAACAUUUUUUUAAAUGACAAGACGUUUCCACCAGAGUAUAAAACUUAUAAUAUAAGAAUUGUAGCAAGAGUCAUAUCUAUCAUACAGCUCAGAUUCUUGGAACAGUGAUCUUUUUAUAUUUUUUCCAUGAGCGUUGAUAGUCCUGAUAAAUCAUGUUAUUCAACAGCAGUGCAGCAGCUGACCUCUUUUAACCACCAUUGAAGCAUAUUUUGAUGGCAUAGCUCUCUGUGGAAUACAAAGCAGCAUCGCUUCUAUACAGUUCACAUACUGUCUGCAACACAUUGCAGGUAGCUUAUUGUGACUUAAGCAUUAGUUUGUUUUCUUUGGUGAUCUGUGUUUAGGACCAGAGAACUACAGAACUUUAGAAAGUAAUAAGCUGAAAAUAAUGGACACUUAGGACAGUUGUACCCAACAAACUUUAACACAGAACUGAUGGCACCUUUGACAUGGUGUGACAAAUUCAUAUAAAUUGAUAGAUUAGUAAAAAAAAGAUGGAAAUUAUGACAAUCAAGGAUAAAAGCCAAUUAUCAAUCGAGAUGUAAUUACACACUUUGGGCGUGGAACUGAUUAAACUUGCUAGAAUCAGACAAGCUGUAGCCGCAUGCAAUAUCAUUUGUGUAAUGUUUCAUCUUUGUUGUCGUCAGAAAGCAGCUUCCUAUGGAGAAGGUGACAGACAUCUGCAGACAGUCUGAUGAGAGACAUAUUUUGGAGGAUUAAAAUCGUAAUACUGAUUUCUUUCUUUCCAAAGUAGACAACAAGAGAGGGAGAGAGAGAGAGAGAGAGAGAGAGAGAGAGAGAACCAAUGGAGCGCAGGAAAGCUAAAGGGAACCAUUUUUGGGAGCCGCUCCAACUCUGAAAGGAGCCACGGCUGCUUCCCAGCAGAUGGGGGGGAGCCGGCAAAGGAGGUGAUGUGAACACAAGCAGACAGGCGUAGCAUUGAAUAGCAGUUAUACAGUUUGCUCCGCAGUAGGGUGUACUCUGCAUUUCAAAGUCCACUAUUCGAGCCAACUCCCCGCUCAAUUAGACACAGAUACACAGCGGAGUGUGUCACGCAAUGACAAAAGGAUGUCCAUGUAUCUACAUGGCAUUUUUGAAGACAGGUGGGGAAAUCUUAGUUGAAAUGCCACAGAUUGCAUUUGUUCAACUGGGAACCCGGCGGGGAAGCGAGGCGAUGAUAAUGUCAUAGUAAUAAAGUCUUGUCCCACAGCUCUGUUCCAGCAAUUUACCUCUCCAGAAGUCACACUCUCAGCAGCAUUAGUGGAUUAUUGACAGGAAGAUUUUCUGGUGGGGAAUUAAUUAGGAGACUUUAAGACAUAAAGACUUCAUGUUUAAUUAGAUGAAGUUUAUAAGGAAAGGCUGAGGGAUAAAUUACUGUUUGUCCGACCUCUUAGAUAUUCUCUCAGGAGAUGUUGUUAAAUCAACUUCCCAUUAUGCAAAGUAAGAAGUGGGCACAGCGGGAGGCGCUGUGUAGAUGUUGCAUGCACUUUGAAAGGUUUUGAAUGAUUUUGUGAUAUUAAAUGGCAUGCGUAGUGCUCAUUCUUCAGUAAACUACACCUUGAGACCCUUUUAAAGGAAGCAUCAACGUCCCCCCUGGUUGCAGGAAAGAGGGGAUGAUAUAAUAUUACACUACCCAGGUUUAAAUGUCCUCCAUAUGAGAUUUAUCUCAAGCCAAAGUGGUUGUUCUCUUUAUAAGUUGUUAUAGUACCCUUCUUUGGUGUGCUGAAACUGUGACUGGUUCUAUCCAGUAUCUCUGAUGGCAUAUUUUAACCUUGACCCUUUGAGGACCGGAAAGUAGGCCACUAGAGCAGAACAAACAGAUAAGCUGUCUUUGUGAAUCCUCAACAAAGCCCUCAUCUCUUUUGAUAUCAUCCAAGUGUAAUCAUUGCUUUUAAACUAUGGAUUUGGGUUUGCAACUGUGCAGUCAGUGCAGGGAAAGCUCCUCGUGGAGUGCAUAUGAAAAAAGUCAAACAACAGAACAGAAAUAAAACCAAUUUUCUACUUGUAACCCAUAAGCAGCUAUCGUCUUUUUUACCUGUGUUUGUUCUUUGGUCCGAGCCUGGGCAUGUGAGUUUUCUGCAUGCUUGCGUCUCCAUAGUAUCCUAAUGCUCAGCUGCAGUGAGGAAUGGGUUGUUUUCUGCCCCUGAUACAACGUUUAUGUGCAAACCAAAAAUAAAUAACUAUUCUAUUCUCUGUGCAUGCAUGAUUGUAACGUGCGCGCAGCAUGGAGAGACUCCUAAACCUCCCACUCAUCGGUUAUGCUUCUAAAUACUGGUGUCAGAUUUCUAACUUCAUUCCUUUAUGUAAAUCAUCAUCAUUAUGCAAUUGUGUAUUAUGCCUAAUUGUUGUAUAUUGUGUAAUAUUAAAUUAUAUUAUUA